AGUCGCAGUCGUUGGCUCAAUCUGCGAUCGAGCGCAAGUGGAGUGUGCCAAUUGGAUCAGCAUGGCGUUGGAGGCGCUCGUGACGGCUUUGGCCUGCCUCAGCACCACCACCACCACCACCAACAGCACCAACACAAUGCCAGAGAAGCCUCUGUCUCAGUCUCUGUCCUCCGUGAUAAUGAGGAACUCGAUGGAGCCGUUCCUACACGGUGUUAAUGACACCGACUGUCCCGUCAGCACCUUGGGCGGCCUGGCUGUGCGCAUCCAGUUUAUGGCGGACGAGCUGCAGACACUGAAGGCGGAGCUGGGCGAGCUGCAGCAGCUGAUCGAUGAGUACAGGAACCAGGCGCCCAGUGAGGCACUUGGCACCCGAUCACUGCGUCCCGUCCCAGCAAUUGUACAGGCCUUGGCACCGGCCGCGCCCAGCGAUGAUACGCCCCGCAACUGCUGGGACCAGAAGCACGGCCAGGUGCUCAUCCGUGUGGCCAAGGAUGUGGAGCCGUUCUUCGUGAGCUGUGACCAGGAAGAGCGUGGCGGGGGCUGGCUGGUGAUCGCCUACAGAUUCGAUGGCAGCGAGGAAUUCAAUCGCGACUGGCAGAACUACAAGGCUGGCUUUGGGGCCCUCAACUCGGAGUUUUUCAUUGGGCUGGACAAGCUGAAUCGGCUGACGAACAGCGAGCACCACGAGCUACUCGUGAUAAUGCGCAGCAAGACGCGGGAGCAGCGCUUCGCCAUCUACGAUCACUUCAGCAUUGGCAGCGAGGCCGAGAAGUAUCUGCUCUAUGUGCUGGGCGCCUACAAGGGCGAUGCCGGCGACUCGCUGCGCUACCAUGCGGGCAAGAAGUUCACCACUUUCGACCAGGACAACGACGACAACGGACAGAACUGCGCCAGGACACAUGCGGGUGCAUGGUGGUAUGGCCGCGAGUGCAUCGAGAGCAACCUCUUUGGCACCUUCCAGAAAAUGUUUGGCCAUGAGAUUGGCUACUACAAGGGCAUACUGUGGAAGACCUUCGUGCCGGGGCCCACGGGCUCCCUCAGCUACGUGCGCAUGUUGAUCCGGCCCACGAAAAAGAAAUCCUAAUAAUGAAAACAGGCUCGAAAGAUUCCCGAGAAUUUACUCUUUACAUAAUACAUAUUUAAUAUAUCGAA